AGGCAGGGCAGGAGGGACAGGCAGCUAUGGAGGGACAGGCAGGGCUGGACCGCUCUGUGUGCGAUCCCUCUACGCUCCUCGCCCAGCAAAGUGGCAGCCGGGACGAGGAGCAGAGUCCGGCGGAGCAGCAGAAGGAAGAGCUGGAGAAACGCUUCGUGCAGAACCUGCAGCACAUCGGCAGGAGCAUCUGUGCCGGUCAGAAGGUCGAGACCCGUGACCCCAAGGCACUGCAGGAGGCACUGGAGAUGAAGAGGAAGGAGAAGGAGCGAAGAGUAGAAGAAGAAGGUGGAGGAGAGGGACAGGAGGGGGAUGAGGGAUGCACCUGUCCUGAGAAUGUGCAGGAAAGUGCAGAGGACGAGCCUGUGGUACGUGAGGAGGAAAAGGAUUCAGCAGAGCCCAAGGAGGACCAUGAUGAGGCAGAGCAACUUCGCAUCAAAAGCAAAUGUCUGCAGGGCAAUUGGCAGGAAGAGAGAGCUGUCAAGGACAUCGACAAACCUGUGGAGGGUGUGCCUUACUUCAAGUUGUUCAAUCAUGGACAUAAAGGUUUGCUCACCGUUGAUUUAGAAUCCAAAAUGUCUGACGUUACGACAUAUCGGAACGAUUUUCGUCCUUGCUGUGGACAUAUUUUACAUACAAAAGGAAUAAAGGAACGGACCAUUGAAAAGUGUGUGAGUCAAAACAUAAGCAAGGAUGUGUUCAAAGAGUUUAACUCCGGCCCUGCAAUGGAACCAAUGGAACAGUCGUCAGUAACAGGACGAGACUUCAGAAUCAAAGGCUUUACAUCCACCCCGCCUCAGCCUACUAAGAAACAUAAUUACAAAACUGAACAACCUAUUACAUUCUGGAGUGACCACGCCAAGAAAAUACAGGGGGUCACUGAAAUAAAGAUCGACAAUAGUCCAUUUAAGAAGCACAGUUUGUUUACUACACCAAUAGAAGAACUCAUGGAUUCCUAACGACCGUAAACCAUGGAAAAUGACCUGGAUCCUAACUGCAGAAAUGAGAGAAUAUUGUAUAAUUCUAUACGACUUGCUCCUUGUUAGCUGAUAUUUGGUUGAUUGUUCUUUUUGUUUAUCACAUUCCUUUCAGAUCAGUUUAUGGGACUAAGUAAAAAUCCGCAAAGAGUUAGACACAAUUCUAUCUAGUGAUUAUGUUGCUGGCGAUUUAAGAACCAGAGUCACUGGCUAUACCAACCCCCAUGAAAUAUCCGAUGACAGAAACUAUUAUGCCAAUUUUUGGCAUCCUGGAUGGAUUCGCAGUACAACACUCUUUAUAUUCAGUGUGUUUGAAUACCUAUCAAUCACUUGCCAGGUUAAUGGGCUCUAUCACUCGCCAACCACUAAAAGUAGCAACUUUUUGUUACUUGCUUAUAAUGGGAAUUUCCCUCUGUUAAAGCAAUGAAAAAAGUGUCAAUUUUUGCAUUCAUCUUUAAAACCCAUCUUAAUAUCUUUUUGAUUGUGCUUUUUGUCACCUCUCUCCCCCCACACCCAUACCUUCCUCUGCUCCUCCCCCUCAACCCCAGUGUGGCCUCCGAGCUGAUUCUAUGAAGCAUCUUGAGACGUCCUCCUGACAUGCUUUAGUGAAUUCAAUAAUAAACGUGCAGCGGUUUGAAUCAGAACCAAUAGCAUCUACAUAAUACAGAAUAAUGUAAUGAUUGUACACGCAAACGUUCAUUUCCUGGGAAGGACAAAUUCAUCCUCAGUAUUCAUUCCAGAAUUCCAAAGAGAAAGUUCCAUAAAUGUAGCAACAUGGCUUCACCAAUGCCUUAACGAAGAACCUGACUGCCUGUGAAAACUGGGUAUAAGUGAACACACUUCAAGCUUAGCUUUGCAGAACAUUAACAUGGGAGAGCACUGUUGUUUGGUGUGGGUUUUCAUUAUAGCAAACUUAGAGGUUUAACUAUGGUUUUGGUGUGGGACUCAUGAAUACUUUAUGAUAGUAUGAGCUUUGUAUAUUAGAAUAUUUUGCAUUCAUUUUAGUUUUGGUGCGUUAUUUGAAGGUAACCAGUUUCAGUAUUUACCAAUAAAGUAAAUACAAUUUUAAA